GUUUUUAAAGUUAUUAUUAACCUAUAAUUUCAACUAUCAUGUCUUCAAAAAUUAGUAAUUCUGAUUUAUUAGAAGUAAUUAACAAAAAUAUAGAACUUAAGAACGAAUAUCAAACGUUACAAUUGAAAGUAUUGCGACAAAAUUGUGCAAAAAAAUUAAUUCAUUUGAAUGAUAUAACCGAAACAUUAUUAAAAGCAAUGCAGAAUAUUAUAACUUAUAAGCACCAAAUAGCCAACGAAACCGAACCCGCGUUAGUUUCAAUUUCUGAGAAUAUUAAUUUACAAAUAUCAUCGACGUUAUCUUCAACAAAUCGUGAAGAGUUUCGACAAUUAAUGGCAAAAUUUUUGUAUUUAUCAAAUCAUUUCGAAGAAAAUAUUAAAAUUAUUCAAGAUAGUCCGAAAGAAGACAUAUAUACAAAUAUUGCAAAGAAUCAGUGGUUUAAGUGGAUAGCUAAUUUCAGACGUCUUGAAAAAAUAAUUGGAAGUGUUGAUGAAUAUCACAAUAUGUUUAAAGCAAUGUCACAAGAAACAGAAGAGAAUAUACAUCAAUCUACAAUGAAUAAUGAUUGUUCGACAUGGGAAGAUUUAGGAGUAAAAGCAUUUCCAGACGAUAUUGAAAACAUGUCUCCUAUUGAAAAAAAUACAUGAAAAAUGAAUUAAAUUAUAUAUAUGCAAAAAAAUGUCUAAAUACAGUGUGAUCGAUAAAAAUGUUAUACGUUCAAACAUGAUAAUAAUUAAUAUUUUAAGAGUUCUUCCAACAUGGUAGAAGUCAACACAGUGUGCUUUUU